UGUGGUAUUUCUUUAUGUAACUGGUGUAUACCCAUUAAUGAAAUACAUGUAUAUGCUAUACACAAACCCGUUGUCAGAAUAUUGUGUUAAGACGAAAAAUUAAUAAGCUAUGGCGGAAUUACUUCAGAAAGUGGGGUUCAAAUACGAACAUGAACCAGAAGUUUCACACCCAGUUGCAGGCAAAGUUACAGGUAAAAUACCGGCCUAUGUCCGGGGUAGCCUGUACAGAAAUGGCCCGGGGAUGUACGAAUUUGGGGGACGGUCGUACAAACACCUCUUUGACGGAAUGGCACUCGUGCAGUGUUUCUGCAUAUCUGAGAAGGGCGCCACCUACCAGCGGCGCUACGUUCAGAGCGACAGCCUCCGACGCUCGCUUUCCGCCAACGCGCCCGUGACGUCACAGUUUGGUACCAGUGAAAUACCGGAUCCGUGCAAGAAUAUAUUCCAGAGGUACCUGACCUACUUUACAAGCGCACCGAUAUCAGACAAUACCCAAGUUAACGUGUUCCCUUUUAACGCGGGUCUUUACACAUCCUCCGAAACGCAAUAUUGGAACAGGCUCGACCCGGUCACGCUUGAGACAAAGGAAAAGGUGGACCUUCUGGAUGUUGGUGCAAUCAACCUAGCCACAGCCCAUCCCCAUAUAGACACAGACGGAACUCUGUUUAAUGUUUGCCACGUGUUUGGGAAGGGUUUGCCCACGGCUGUGUUAAAAAUCCCACCAAAAACAGACACCAGUAAAUGUGUGGGCUCCAUGCCCAAGGGCGGUCCCCUUUGCCGCCUUGACUCCCCUUGGAAAGCCCACGUGCAUUACCAUCACAGCUUCUGUAUGACCCAGAGCUACAUCAUUCUUAUUAACCAGCCGCUACUCUGGAAUGUUCCAAGGCUUGCUUUCCGGAAAUUCACUGGCGACAAUCCAUGCUCCGCGUUGAGGUGGUUUCCUGAAGGAACGUGUCGGUUCCGGAUUAUUGACAAGGCGACCGGAAACGAGGUUCACCCAGACCGGAAGUUCGAAGCAGACGCGUUUUUUACGUUCCAUACCGUCAACGCUUACGAAGACAAUGGGCAUAUUGUUCUCGACGCCGUUUGUUACAAAGACGCCGGUAUAAUCGACGCCCUCUACUUGAAAAACCUGACAUCAGACGUAAUUGAAGAAACGUUUAAACGGCUGGACAAGCCUAAAAUCAGACGUUACGUCAUACCACUAAACGUUGAUAAACCGCAAUCAACGGACCCUUCAAAGGAAGAUUUCGUUAAUCUCAAGGGGAUAAGGGCCACGUGCAAGAAAACAGCAGACCACACCUUUCUAUGUUCACCGGAUGUGAUCUCCGACGUCAGUGUGGAGUUUCCACAAAUAAACUACAACGUCCAUAACGGCCGGAUGUAUAGAUACAUGUACGGGGUUGGUAUCCAUGACGACACGACAGGACUCAACAGUCUGAUAAAGUUCGACAUGCAGACAGGAAAGCACAUAACAUGGCGGGAAAGUGGGUGCUAUCAGUCUGAGCCCGUGUUUAUAGCGAAUUCGGAAACCAAUACUGGACAAGAAGCUAGUGCGGAGCUUGAAGAUAAUGGAAUUCUGCUAUCAGCGGUCAACAAGCGUCUUCCGGAUGGCGGCAGCGAGUGCUUCCUACUGCUACUGGACGCCGUAAAUAUGACGGAAGUUGCGCGUGUCGAAUUUCCAGGGGUCGCAAACUUUCCAACAGAUUUUCAUGGCUCGUUCGCAUCGGAAGCUUGGACCAAUAAGGCUGCAUCACUCGAUGCGCAAUAGAUAAAAAUGGCUUAUUAGUUCGUCAUAGAUAUACAGGCGCUUAGUUCAGUGUGUGUAUACCACGUGAUAAAUUGCGUCAUAAAUGCUACGUCGGAAGGCAAUAUUUUUAUUUGAUAAAAUACUUUAAACAAAGAUAACUUCACUAUUUCUUCACCAUUUUAAAUGAAACAUAGCGCAGUCUACGCCGCUUUCGGAGCUCUACCUUCGGUCUUUUACAAGAAUUUGAUUGCGAGUUUAGUUUCUUAAAACACUUAGACAAAGCUUUUUGUAAUAUGGCCGUCUGACAGAGCACUGUCAAAACCUUAUUUUGGAAACAUGUUUGUUGAAGUGUUUAAGGAAACUAAUGACCUCAUAAAAUUUCGUAUAUAAAACAAAUGCGGGGCUCUUUAAGCGGUAUAGACUGCCCUUUGUUUCAUAUAAAAAGGUUUUGUAAAUGAAAAGUUAUGUUUGAUUUAAGUCUUCAUUUUAAGCAAUUUUUGCCUUCCGACGUUGCAUUUAUGACGUAAUUUAUCACGUGGUAUACACACACUGUAGUUUGAAAUAUUGAAACACUUGUUCAAUAAA